AUGUCCUACAACCCCAAUCCGCCUCACGGCGGGGCCCGCCCUGGCGAUUCGAGCAUGGCCCAGAACUUCAACAGCAUGUUACAGCGUUCCCUCCAAGAGCAGGGGCAGCCAGAGCCCGUUGCGGAAGCUCCGGGUGCGCCGCCGCAAGCCAUUGGAUACGGAGGUGUAUACAAUGCCACACCGCCACCACAGCAGUUGACACCGAACGCCCUCGGAGGUGCAAGAGGGCCCCCGCCUCAGCAAAUUCUCCCAGUCGACCUCCCGCCGCAAGCCUUCCUCACCUCCUCGAUGCUUCUAGACAUGGUCGACAAGAAAGUCGACGUCUUGCUUCGCGACGAGAAGGAAUACAUCGGUAUACUACGUUCCUAUGAUCAGUUUGCGAACCUCGUCCUCACAGAAUGCACGGAACGGAUAGCUGCCCGGAACCCGGAGGCGACGUCUGACCCUACAGUUCCCAAGUGGUUGAUAUGCGACGUUAAGCUCCCCGGCGUCAUGACAAUACGCGGCGAAAAUGUAACUAUCUGCGCAACAGUCGACCUCGACCGAGAAGACAGCCCAAAAGGUGUCGUGUUCACUCCUGAAAAAGAGGUCAGGGCUCUAGCGGCAGCUCAAAGAGCCGACAAAAAGGAGCUAGAUGCACGAAAAGCGAAGGCGCUGAAGCAGGCUGGCAUUGAACCGGGGUUCGGGAUGCAAGCGUAA